UUGACUUGAAAAGUCAUAAUUGUAUUUAGGCGACAUACUUUGAGCAUUAACGUUAUAAGCAUUACAAUAUUGUAACGAUAAAAAAUGUGGUUUUGUAAUACGGGCACGAGUCUAAUGAGCUUGAUCUUGAUGCUAAUUUUGGUGAAUAUUAUCAUACGAUGUGACGCAAGCGAUGGAACUUCAGGUAUUCAUGGAGAAAGUAUAAGUAGCAAAACGUUGAUACAGAUGGGUAAACGCUUGAACAGACCCAUGCUUACUUUCAUAGGAAUGGCGAUGAAAAAUCUUCAUCAAUGCUCUGGAUGGACAAAAUGGACUGAAUGUGGCGUGAAAAUUUUAAAUCAAUUUGGAAUUCGAAAUCGAAGUAGAGAGUGCAUUCGUGAAACAAGUGAAAAUGGCAAAAUGUCAGAGGUGGAGACAGACUUCGGCUUGUGUGAAGGUAGGGAUAACCAAUUAAUGUGUCCAAAGACCUAUAAUUUCACUUCGAAUGGGUUUUGUAUAAAACUUCAAGUGACAAGUAAAACUCACGAUGAUGCAGAAGCUGAAUGCAAUGAAGAUGGGGGACAUUUGAUCAACAUCAACUCAGACUUGAAGUAUGCUGAUGUUAAGACUGUGUUGAGUGGUUUUUCUGUAAUUGAUAUUAUCAUUGGAGGCCGACGCAAAAGUAAAACGUCUCUGUGGGAAUAUACAUAUGGAAUAAAUAGCGGAUACUUUAAAUGGUAUCCCGGCUAUCCAAGAUCAGAGAAUUCAAAAUUGUGCCUGGCAUUAGAAAACCUCAAAUGGUUUAACUUACCCUGUAACAGUAGAUGGCCCUCUCUAUGUGAAAUACCAAAAAAGUAAAAUCAGGAACAAAUUUGAUAAGAAAGUUUCAUUCAUGGCAUACGUCGGCUACAGACAUAGAUUUUAUUUGAAGAAAAUGCACGUGAUUUGAUAAAAAAAAUUGUAGCAUCGGCUUUAUUAUAAUGAUACUUCUGCUAUCUUAAAACACUUGCUAAAUAUUGAAAUAGAUAUAGUUAUGUUGAUAGGUGUUAGACGAUUUGCUGAGAUGAACUUUAUAACAAUGUUUCCUUUUAAUAGAUGUCAACCGUAUACAAAUUUAAUAAUCUUUGUUAAUAUUCCUCAAAUAGUGCAAAAAUCAUGGUGCUAAUGCUGGAAAACAUUUAACAAUAAAAUAUCAAAGAGUAACGUUGUACAUGGAUUCUGAGACAGCAAGAAAUAAAUGUGAAUAAUAGUUCUUCCAUUAAUAUUAACACCAAUUUUAACCGUGUUCUUUUUGGAACUUUUCAGUGAUUAAUUUUAUGAUUUUGUACUCUGUGACACAAAUGUGCAUGUGUUAACUUAAUGCCUGAUGAAAAUGAUGCAAGUAUAAUUGCCUUAAUCUUACAGAAAUAUCUUUGUUUAAGAUUGAUUUUGUAUCUCAUUUAUGCCUAGUUUGACAAGCAUUGUCUGUUAUGACAAUCAUUCUACUUGAUGAAAUUAUUAAUCAUGAUCAUUAGAUACUUUUGUUGUGCAUUUUUAGUUGUUGUUUUUUUUUCAAUAUAUUCACAAAAGUAUGUAUACUUGUAAUUUUGACUGAAUUUUGUAGAUAAAUGCAAAUAAAUCGUCAUAUGUUUUUUUUUCAAACUUAUCGAAAUUAAUAUUUUCUUAUCAAGGGUUAAUUAAUAUGUGCGUAGUAAGGAUGAGAAAUUCAAUUAGAUUCACGAGAGCAAGCACGUGAGCAGCAGUAACGGUCAAAUGUUUCUCAUUCAGACAUUAAGUAAAUAAUAAAACACGUAAAAAUACUGCUUAUUUACACUCUAGCAACUAUAAUAAGAUUUUUGUUAUGUUAUUCGAAGGGCACAUGCCAGGAAGUAAAUUCUUUUAGAUGUUCACGUAAAUAACAUUUACUCAAUAUGACGUCAUUUCUCAUGGAUGAUAAGUGAAAUCCUUUCGUAUGUCAUGAGUAAAUAUAUAAAACAUGUAGUAUAGUAUAUAUGUUAUCGGAAUGAAGUAUACAAGGUAUGUUCAAGCUGAUAUUGAUUUAACUCUGUCACGAAUUGUAUCUGCACAUUCCGUUAAGGUAUUUGUUUUAAAGGAGUUUCAAAAAUAUGAUUGAUAAAAAAUUAAAAAAUAUAAACCUUUGAAUAAAAACAUUGCAUCUA